AUGGCCGGAGUCGCACAGUCUCAAGAGGCUGCUGUGGGUUCGCCUGCGCCAAAGCAGAAGGGGAAGGCGACCGUUGACACCUUGAGAAUAGGUUGCGUUGCUAUGGUCGAGAAAGAUGGCGCAUCUAGACGGGCAGAGAUUUUAAGUAUAAAAGAGACUAAAAGUGGCCGACAAUUCUACUGCAAUUUCGACAACUUCAACAAACGUCUAGAUGAAUGGGUUCCUGUGGUUCGGAUAGACUUCAACCAGGAGGUCGAAUGGCCAAGCCCAGAAAAACAGAAGGAGCCGAAGAAAGCUGCUACAUCGGUGGCGAAGAAGGCCACUGCAGCUUCGAGGAAAGGGCAGAAGAGGCCUGCAGCUACAAGAGAGGUCUCCGUCGCCUCAGAAGGCGAGACACCGCAUCCCUGGACUGAGUUCGUCGAGUCCCAGAAAGCCACCCCCGACCCUGAGGCGGACGACAAGCUUACCCUUACUUUGGAACUUGAUGCAACACCUAAUGCGGACGAUGAAGAUGCUAUGGAUGUUGAUGAGGCAGCGUCUCAAGCAGUGGCGACUAAAACGCAAGCCCCUGAGCAUUUUAGCCGCGAAGAGGAGAUAGAGAAGCUGAGGACGGGAGGUUCCAUGACCCAGAACCAAGCCGAAAUCUCACGUAUCAGAAAUAUCUCUCAAGUACAGUUUGGAAAAUUCGAGCUCUAUCCAUGGUACUUUUCUCCCUAUCCUGAAGUCUUUACGCAGGAGGAUCUCAUGUACAUCUGCGAGUUCUGUCUCUGCUACUAUGGCGAUUUGAAAUCCUUUUCAAGACACCGGCAAAAGUGCACAUUGCAACACCCUCCUGGGAACGAGAUAUACCGAGACGAUUAUGUCUCGUUCUUCGAAAUCGAUGGCCGUCGGCAGCGGACUUGGUGUCGAAAUUUAUGUCUCCUCUCGAAGAUGUUCCUCGAUCACAAGACAUUAUAUUACGACGUGGACCCCUUUCUCUUUUACGUCAUGACAACCAGGGAUUCUAAGGGAUGUCAUCUCAUCGGGUAUUUCUCGAAAGAAAAAGAAAGUGCAGAUGGUUAUAAUGUUGCCUGUAUCUUAACCCUGCCGCAAUUCCAACGCAAAGGCUAUGGACGCUUGCUCAUUCAGUUCUCAUACGAACUAUCCAAGAUCGAAGGCAAAUUAGGCUCUCCUGAGAAACCCCUUUCUGAUCUGGGGCUUCUCUCAUACCGACAAUACUGGACUGAAAACCUCGUUGAGAUUCUAUUAGAAUAUAACGCCCGAGAAGAGCGAUGUAGCAUUGAAGCCCUUGCUGCACACCUGGCUAUGACGCCGCAGGAUGUGGAAAGCACACUUCAGGCUCUCAAAAUGCAGGUCUACCAUAAAGGAGAACACAAGAUCGUGCUCCCAAUGCAUCUUAUCAAGAAACAUGAAGCCCUGAAGGAAAAGCAGAAGACGAAACCAAAGAGGACCAUUGAUCCGGCAAGGAUACAAUGGAAGCCACCGGUCUUCACGGCAACCGACCGGGACGAGGCUGAAGUCUCGCUUAAAUAUGCCACUAAAGGAGGGGCACAACUUGCACUCCGAGUCACCUCGCCGCCUCGCUUUCUCUUCAAUUUCCACAUCACCCUUCACCCAGACGCCGACCAAAGGACAAGAACAAGAGCCAUGGCGGACAACCCACCUCCAGCAGAGCCCUCCAAGAGCGCUCUCAAAAAAGCCGAAAAGCAAGCGAAAAUGGCCGCGGAAAAGGCCGCCAAAGCAGCGAAACAAGCCGCGCUUCCAAUCGUGGGAGGGAAGAAAACCGACGAUAUAAUUGGUAUUACGGUCUCGAAAGCGGAUAACUUCUCAGCAUGGUAUCAAGAGGUUGUGCUUAAAGCGGAAAUGAUUGAGUACUAUCAUGAAAUUUCGGGAUUCUUCAUCCUGCGGCCUUCGUCCAUGUUUAUUUGGAACACAAUCAGAAACUGGUUCCAGGAGCGCAUUGAGGCUAUGGAUGUCGAGGAGGCUAGUUUUCCGAUGUUCUUGUCCUCUAAGUCUUUAGAGAAGGAGAAGGAUCAUGUUGAGGGGUUUGCCCCCGAACUUGCUUGGGUUACCAAGGCUGGUGAUAAAGACUUGGAGGUUCCAGUCGCCGUCCGUCCUACUUCCGAAGCUGUCAUGUAUCCAUACUAUUCCAAGUGGAUUCGAAGUCACCGCGAUCUCCCUCUGCGACUUAACCAAUGGAAUAGUGUUGUUCGGUGGGAGGCUAAGCAGACAACCCCAUUUUUGCGUGCGCGAGAGUUUUUGUGGCAGGAAGGACACACAGCACAUUUGACAGAUGCUGGAGCUGGAGAAGAGGUUCUGCAAAUUCUCGAACUCUAUGCGGGAGUAUAUGAACAAUUGCUUGCCGUCCCAAUUGUUCGUGGCCGGAAGACUGAGAAGGAGAAGUUUGCUGGAGGAUACUACACCACCACAGUCGAGGGCUAUAUCCCAUCCAACGGACGUGGUAUUCAGGGCGCCACAUCGCAUUGCUUAGGCCAAAAUUUCAGCAAGAUGUUCGACAUCACAGUCGAGGAUCCCAGCCCAAAAGCAGGAGAAAAAGCCAAACAUCUCUAUGUGCACCAAAAUUCGUGGGGAUUAUCAACCCGUGUUAUUGGUGUCAUGGUCAUGAUCCACGGCGAUGAUAAAGGCCUCGUCCUCCCGCCCCGAAUCUCUAAGAUACAAGCAAUCAUCAUCCCCGUUGGCAUCAACAAAAACACCACCCCUGAGGACAAAACCAAGCAUUACGACAAACUGCAGGAACUUAAGACCACCCUUAAGAAAGCCGGUGUUCGUUCCGACUACGAUAUCCGCGACGGCUACACGCCUGCCUGGAAAUUCAACGACUGGGAGCUGAAAGGCGUCCCCCUCCGCCUCGAGUACGGGCCAAAAGACGCUGCCAAGUCCGUCGUGUCCUUCGCGCGCCGCGACACCGGUGAGAAAGGCACAAUCUCCAUCGCUGACCUUGCGACCGAGGUGCCCGCACUCCUUACUACUAUCCAGAACGACAUGUACACGAAGGCCGAAGCGUCCUUCCGUGAGCACCGUCUUGUGAUCACGAAGUGGGAGGAGGUCGUCCCUGCGUUGGAUGCCAAGAACGUAGUCAUCAUCCCAUUCUGUCUGGCCGAGAAAUGCGAGGAUAAGAUUAAGGAUCUGACGACCGGGAAGCCGGAGGAGGCCGAAGGGCCCCAGGAGUUGAAGGCGCCUAAUAUGGGGAUGAAGAGUCUGUGUAUUCCUUUUGAGCAGCCCGAGGGGAUUGUCAGGGGGGAGACGAAGUGCUUGAAUCCCGAGUGCGAGGCGUUCGCGGAGAAGUGGUGCAUGUUUGGUAGGAGUUAUUAA